AUGUCGACUCAUGGACGCGGUCGCGGGCGAGGUAGAGGUAGGACAGGCACCGUUACUCCUGCCCCCAUAGGGACUGAUCCAGUAGACUUUAUGGCUGCCCUGGGAAAUAUGGCUGCAGCUAUGCAGGCGACAGCUGAGGCAUUGGGUAAUCAGAUAAACCAUGGUAAUCAUGGGAAUAAUAAUGAUGAGGAUGGUCCUAUGACACUUGCUACAUUUCUGAAAGUUCACCCUCCGACCUUUAGGGGAACCUCAAAUCCCACUUAUGCAGAUAAUUGGAUUCAGGAUAUGGAAAGGGCGUUACAGGCCCAACAGGUUCCUGAAGAGCAAUGGGUUGAAUUUGGAACUUAUCAGUUGCAAGGUGAAGCUCAGUAUUGGUGGCAGAGAACACAACGUAUCCUACAGCCUGAUGGUGCUGCAAUUUCUUGGGAGUUAAAGCAGGGACAGAUGACUAUUGCUGAGUAUACCAGCAAAUUUGAAGAGUUAUGUUGCUUUUCUCGUAUCUGUCAAGGUGUGCCUGAAGAUUUUGCUGAAUGGAAAUGUAUUAAGUAUGAAGGAGGUCUUCGGAGUGAUAUUCUGAGCUUCGUUGCCCCAAUGGAGAUCAGGGUGUUUUCUGAAUUGGUGAAUAAGAGUAGGGUGGCUGAGGAUUGUGUGAGGAAGGCGGCAGCAGAGAAAGGGAGUUUGAGGGUGCCUUUUCAGAGGCCUUCAGGGAGGAAUUUUGCUCCGAGAGGUAGGAAUUUCAAGCGUGGAGGUUUUCUUCCGCAGCAGACUCAGGGUCAAGGUUAUGAUUUGAAAGUAUAUAACGCUACUCAUGAAGCUAUGGUGACUAGGAUAGGAUGUCCACAAGUUCUCUUUCGAGUACAACAGCGUGAAUUUGUGCAUGAUUUGAUUUGUUUACCUAUGACUGGUCUUGACCUCAUUUUGGGAUUGGAUUGGUUAUCCAAGAAUCAUGUUUUGCUUGAUUGUUCUGAGAAGUCAGUACAGUUUAUGCCGAAAGGGUCGGAAGCACCGGUUGUGAUAAGGGUUAGAUGCGAGGAUAUUCCAAAAACUGCUUUCAGGACGUGUUAUGGUCAUUAUGAGUAUACAACUGAAGAGGAGCAUGCUGAUCACUUGCGAACUGUGCUGCAAAUUCUAAGAGACGGGAAGUUGUAUGCUAAGUUAUCUAAAUGUGAGUUUUGGAAGAGUGAAGUAAAGUCUCUCGGCCAUGUGCUCGCCUUACUUUUAACUAAAUUGACUAGGAAGGAUACGCCUUUUAUCUGGACUUCGGAGUGUGGGGAGAGUUUUAAAGCACUGAAGCACAGGUUGACUACUGCACCUGUGUUGGUAUUGCCCGAACCAAGUGAACCGUUUGAAGUGUACUGUGAUGCAUCACUGAAGGGUCUAGGGUGCAUUCUGAUGCAGCACCAGAAUGUUGUAGCAUACGCCUCACGGCAAUUAAGGCCGCAUGAAAUGAACUAUCCGACACAUGAUUUGGAACUUGCUGCUGUUGUGAAAAGCGAAUGUUGUGGCAGACGCCUUGAGUCGGAAAUCUUUAUAUGCAGCUUGGAUGAUGUUACAGGAAGAAGAAUUACUAAGGGCAAUUCAAGGCUCAUCGGGAUAGUGAAACGUUACGUAAGGUAUUACCAGCAGUUGAACAGGGAAAAUAAUGGAGAGCGUCAGAAGGACAUGAUGGUUUGUGGAAGUUCAAGAAUCGGAUUGUUAUGCCAGAUAUUGGAGACCUGCGACAGAGUAUCUUGA